AUGGUCACGCCAAGGUCUCACGUUGUACAAAAGAGGAAGUUUCAGCAAACGGUGCAACGUUUGGCAGAGAAAAUCGCUAAAAAUGGCAUCGACGAACCGGAAAAGAACUUGGAGAAUACCGGCACGCGCGUGGUGCUCAAGGGAAAGGAGCCUAUAAUUGUUCAAGAUGAUAAGAGCAAUGCACCAGAACCCACAUUAUCCGCUCCGCCUAAGAAGCUGAAGACUGUGGGGAAAGAACGUGAUGCUGUUGUAUUAAGGCCAGUGGCGCCUGUGCAGCCGAAGCGCCAUUUCUCAGCGCCAUCGAUGUCAGCACUUUACGAAAGUGUGAAUCCCAAUCGGCAAGAGACUUGUCAGUUAUGUGAGAAGGUCGUCUACUUGGCAGAGCGCAUGCAAGUGGAAUCAAUGUUUGUUCAUAAGAACUGCUUUCGGUGCGCCUACUGUAGCCAACCACUGCGAAUAGGGGAAUGUGGAAAAGACAAAGAUCUGGAAUAUCACUAUCCAAGA